AAAAAAAGCCUGAAAAGGAGAAAAUCCCUAAAGAGAAAACUGUGGAAGAUGAGUCUACAAAGACAACAGAUCUGAAAGAUGGACAAAAGGAACACACACAAAAGUCUAAAGUAAUGGAAGAUUCAACUGCAAAAGAGAAAGCACAAAUUGCACCUGAUUUUGUUCAAAUUGAGGAUGAAACUCAUCUUCUAGAUCAAGAUGAUGAUAAAGUUUCCACAACACUUAGUGAGGAGACAGCUCCAUCAUCACAAAAAAGUGAUCAGUUAACCAAAAUGAAAACAAGAUACAAAAUGGUUGCAAGGAAAAACAAAAACAAAAGCCCUGUUGUUGUGCCAAGUGGUAGAAUUACAAGGAGCCAAGAUGUUCUGUUAGAUGAAUCUGAAAAGGGAAGCCAGAAGAAGGAUGUUGAACCUGCUGAAGAAACCGCAAAAAUAGGACAGAAGAGAAGAAUGUCUACAAGGACUUCUCCUAUUCAAAAGGAAGCUGAUGCACCAUCUCCAGUACCUACUCCAAUCAGAAAAAUGGCAGGUGCUCCUGCUGAAUAUCCUCCAGCACCUACUCCAACCAAAAAAUUGCUAGGUGCUUCUGCUAAAAAAAGUUGUACAAGACCAAGGCAAAAAGGGUAAAUGUUCAAUCUUAAU